AUGCCUGUGCACGCGAGCGCAACCAUCCGCAGGCCUCCGACGCUCGCCAAAAGAGCACGCGGGCGGCCACCAAACGCCGGUGCAGCCCAGACGCGGAUAAUCAUCGAGGAUAUCGGCAUAUACCAGGCUCUUAAGACCAGAAAUGCACCUCAAUCCGACAUAACCGUCGCCGUGAACGGAACGGCCAGAAAACUGAUCAAACUGUAUGGCUGGGAUGACCCGCUGCGCGCAUGCACGAUGAAGGACACCGGAGCAGGAGUAGACGCGGCUGUGGACGAGGGCGAGCAGAAGCUCAGGGAUGUUACUCUGAAGAGAGUCCGAAACGAAGUCAAAAAGAUCUGGAGGAAGAACUUGGAGCGCAAAGAAAGCACAGGAAUCCGACCCUCGGCAGACAUCGCGGAUCUGAUCAAGAUUUUUGCGACUAAGCCUCGUCGCAAACAGGACUACAAGGUCUGGGCGACGCUCAAGCCGCGACCCAGUCUUGAAGCGGCCGUGGAUAUUCGACAUGCUGCUAGAGUACGGGACACCGCUCUGACAGCCGUCGCUCCCCCGCGUGUAUCGACCUGGAAUGCAGUUGCGUCGGAGCGUUUCAAGGAGGCGAGCCCGAAGGAAAAGAAGAUGGCCCGCAAGAUAGCCCGGCGUGCUCACAAGAAGGCAUUACAGGCAUGGGAAGCGGGUGCCUCAGCGUUGCCAACAUCGCCCGAGGAAGCAGUCCAGUUCAUGGAAGCGUCGCAGAUGUUCCUGAGCGAUCUUAUGCACUUCUUCGCAAGCCGUACCUCGGGGAUAGCGGUGAUGUUUCUGAGCGGGCCUGCAGGUUCAAGCUUGAUAUCUGAGGGCGUGUGUGACGUUCCUGGGCAGCCGAAACUCUUGUACACGGACGUCAAUCCAGGCGGGACCAAGUCCUUUCAGUACAGUCUAGCAAAGCAAGCAGGGAUUUUGAAUGGUACUCAUAUGCGGUGGGGAUCCGUCUCUGAGAUCUCGAUUACUCGCGCCGACAAUGAAGGUGCUGGUGCACUAGGCGAUACCGCGAUAGGGGUCGGACAGGAGGGCGAUCAAGACUGCGAAGAUGACGACGAGAGCAGGGAGGAUGAGGAUGAGGACGAUCUAUAUGCAGACGACCAAAGCGAGCAGCAUGAAGAAAGCGCGGCCGAGCUACGCGGGAUAGAAUUUUUAUCGCUCCUAUCGUCAUCAAACGGCGAGCGCCGCCAAUUUGGGACGCCCAACGCUUCAGUUGCUGAUAGCACCCCGAUACCUGUGCCAGGAAAAGCGGUGCCAAUGCUCCACAAGGUUGGAUCCCGGGUCUGUCUAGGCGUAGCAGAGACUGCAGGCGAAGGCGAAUCUACUACCAUUUUGCCGAGGGUCACAGAAGAAAUAGCGGCGUUUGCCCCGUUUACUUACGACGUUCUACAUCUCUACGAGGCUGAUGUGGUCACUAACGCGGUCGAGUAUGCGCCAGCGUUGCGGUGUUUGAUAGCCCAGAUCUCGCCCCAUAAGCCGUGGUUGAAGGAAUCGAAUACGGUGAACUUUUUGAAGGCGUUGCCAAUCAAAUUAGCCGGUAAAGUCGAUAUGGGCCUAGCAAGCGAACUCAGUCUUGCAUACUUAAGGCAUGAGUCGAGCAAGGCGGAUGAGCUAGCUUUGACCCUGAGGACCGUCGAGCACGCGCAUGGUUCAGAUCCAAUGGAGAAGCCGGCAUACAUUGCUGACCUACGCUUGCGCGCCUUUGCGUCGCGAUGGAAUGCCAGGGCAGAUAGCGACAACAGUAGAACCCCUGCCAAACUAGAUGCGGAUAUCAACAUCUCGUUACCCCACCAAUGGGCCCUGCUGCAGCCGGCAGAACACCUCGACAGGCAAGGGUGUAUAUGUGUUGCCCCGGAUAUUGACAUGGACUGGCAGGAUUCUCUAGCUCCUGGUCUCGAAGGCGUGCGUCUGCUCGUGGUAACGGCACUGAUAUGGGCCUACAACAUCAAGGAUAAGGAAGAGUGCAAGCAGUGGACGCGCCUCGCAUAUGACAUGUUGCAAGUCCUCCGCAUUCUAGUUCAACAAGCGAGUUGUCGGAAUUCCGAGUCCAGCACAGCAGCCGAGGAUUAUAUUGAUGGCGACGGUACCGGUGGACUCAAGAGGCGUAAGAGGUACGCUACGCGACUAUUGCCGCUGUCCAUUCCUAACAAGCAUCGAUAG